AUAGGCCUAUUUGACGCGCACCAACGAUGAUCAAGUUGGUUUUUCUUGUGUUCCUGGCUCUCUCGCUCAGUGAAGGGGACAGUGAGGGCGCAUCAGCCGAUAGGCUGCAGGAAUUGGCUGAGGAGCUGUCAGGACUAGUGUGGCAGAAAUGGAGCAACUUCUCUCUUUCAAUCUACCUCGAGGCCCAGCAGAAUUUGAGCAGCGAAGCAGUUGAGGAAGUGAAUGGUUCAGUCAUUGCGGAAGAGGUCGCUACCAAUCUUUCAGACUCUCUCUCCCGCUUUAGACACUUUCUCAAUGAGACAGCAUCAUUUGCAGAGAGUCUGUAUUCCAAUCACAGGAACCAAAACUGCUGUUCUAGUGUCUGUCAGUAUGGCACGGAGUACAGCCAAGAUCUCUGUUCCAUGGCGUGCAACAGGUCCAGUAUCAGAUACACUAGUAGUGGGCGUGGUUUCGGGAUUGGAAUGGAGACAGGGUGGAAUGGAACGCGGCAGUGUGUCAUGGGGUCAUGGGGUCACCAGACCUGCACUCCUCCGGGCGAUGAGGAGGAAGCUGCAGUCCAUAUACCUAGAGAUGUACAUGAGGAAGAUCCAGAUGUGCUGUGUUUUGUUCAGUGGACGGAGGAAUUGAGUCGUCAUUUCACCUCCACUCACUCCUUCUUACCGUACUCUGACCUCACUCAGUACAUCGGGACCGACUCCCGUCUCUUGAGAUUCUACCCUCCAUUUGAUUGGUCGGCGCUCAGUCAGUGCAACAGAUGCCCGUUGUCUCUUCAAGACACUUUUGAACUCGGUCGUCGUCCCUGGUACACAAACACUGUCACUGGAGACAAGUUCAUUGUCGUUCUGCUGGAUGUGAGUGGGAGUAUGGCGGGGUUCCAGUCCCUGCUGGCAAAAACCACCAUCUCACAGCUGCUCCGGGCACUCACCUCCAACGACUACUUUCUCAUCAUUCAGGUCGGAGAGGGGGAGAGGACCAAGAAUGUUGGAUGUUUCUCUGAAAAGACGAGAGCCACUCCAGAGAAUGUUCUGGUCGCGAGUCAGGACAUCAUGUUGCUCCCGGAUACCAACAAUGUAGGACGAGCUCACUUCUCACAGCCGCUACAGGACUACCUCCGGUUGCUAGGCAACUCUACGGAAUGUCACCGGGUGCUAAUCGUAUUUUCAGACGGUGAAAAAGAAACACCCCUGCCAGUUGACCUCGUUAGGGCGAACAACAAAGACCUGGAGGUUCAGAUAUUCUCAUUUCUAGUUGGAGGUGGACCUGAUGACGCCAACAUGAAGAUUGUGUCCUGCCAGAACAGAGGUCGUAUGGGGAAGAUUAGAGAAUACUUCGAUAUCAUUCCUGCGGUCCUGCUGAUCACUGACUCGCUAGCACUCCCAACCUCUCGUCACAUUCACUACACUCUGUAUAGAGGCAUCAGUGGGAGUUAUGAACUAGCCAUGGGACUUCCGCUGUGGAAAUCGUCAACAAAUGAGACAUUUGGUAUUGUUGGUUUUGACAUACCUUAUCAGCAACUUUUGACGGACGCACUUCAGAAGUAUAGAGUGAGGCUCCACCCAUUAUCUAAUUUAAAAUGUUUUUCGUUUGCCGUGGGUACAGAUCGGAGCCUCAGGGUAUGCAUUCGUAGUUGACAACAAUGGAGAGUUGGUCAGUCACCCCGCCAUAUCUGAGCAGUUCGUACAGGUUUGGAUGAGCAGUAAUAGUAACUAGUGAAACACUGUCUGUUUACCUCAGUACACUACAAGUCUUUAUCACAUGUUUGUCUGUUACUCUGGUUACAGAGUCUGUCAGAUGACAGUCUUCUCAGUCUGGACAUGGACUACUUCGAAUUCCCCUUAAGCUCCACCCAGUGGGCGGAGCUAAGAGAGACAAUAUUGACUGGUGGGCAUGGCCAGAGCUCCAUAGCAACCUGGGCCUUAGUGGAAAGACGGGAGGUGUGGUUUAUAUCGUAGUGGGUGUGGCUUAUCAUCUCUCUUUCUCCGGCAGGUGAAGUAUGUUUUGAGGAACACAACUUACUCCUUCGCUCCUAUCAGUGACACUCCUUUUAUGGUAGUAGUGGUGACCCCAACUGACCUUUGGGUCAGCGAUAGUGAGCCCCAGAUGUCAGAGGUCAUAUUCUCGCCACUUGGUGGGCGUGGUCAGUGUGAGAGUGGGCGGAGUCACCAGUGUCAAGGACUACAGAGUGUUGAGGGAAAGGCGCGUUCUUCACUCAGUCAUCUCACUGUUCUUCUCUCUGGUAGCAUUUGUGGCAAUGACUCGUCAGUUGUACUACUGAGGUCACUAGAUGUAGAAGGACACCCAGUGGGCGUGGUCAGCAACACCCUCUUCCCUGAGGAAAUGGAGGAGCUCCUAAUGAAAGUGGCAGAUUUGGAGGAUGAAGAGAUUUUCCUUCUGGAUGAGAGUGCAAACAUCAUUGCGUCUUAUCCCUACCACCAGAGAGGAUGGUUCCCAGCAAUGUACCCAGAGGGAGUGUUGGAAAGGAGUUACGAAAUUGGGAGAAUGUUAGGUUUUGAGCCACGGACGAGAGAGGGAGGGAGAAGUGGGCUUUGUGAGAGUGGGGAGGAGUGGGAGUGGGGUUGUGAGGACAGUGGGUGUGACGCCGUGAAGCUGUUUAUGAGAGAGAUAAAGGUAUUUCAACUGAGAGGUGAGGAGGAAGGACACCAUGGAAACGUCAGUUGUUCUGACGGAAAUUUGGACUACGUCAUUAUAAGGGUCCCCAACACUUCCCUCACGAUCGUGACCCUCUCAGGAUCCUGUCUCCGUGGCAACAACACCGGUUGCUACGAGGAUCCAAUCAGAUAUAGUUGUCUGCCGUGUCAGUGCAGGUCGUCGUUGUUGGAGGAGAGGUUUAGAGCUGCUCGAACUGACAGCUACACGUCGUCUUGUCCCACUAUGACAUCAUUCUGCUCGGCAGGACAAAGACCACACCCCUCAUUGCCAAUCUCCAUAGCAACAAGCAUCUUCAUCUCGGCUCUAAUAUUCACAUGGUUCUCAACAUCAUUAAAAAUUUUUACCGCUUAAUUUUCUAUUCACAUUUUAAUAUUACAGAGAGAAAAUGCGCACACAAUAAGGUGGUGCCAUGGACAACUGUGGUAGCCUUGGCAUGGACCACUGCGGUAGGUAGUGCCUAUGAACGUGGUCUCUCCUUCUUGCCAGUGUAGAGUGCCCACAGUGACACGUUUGCCACUUUCACCACCUUGAACCGCACACCUGGAAUAUCUCCCACGGCGUGGCCUUUCCUACCAAACCCAGCAAUCAGGACUUCAUCAUUCUCCUCUACAUAGUUCAGACAGCCGUCGUUGGGAACAAAAGCUGUGAUCUUCUUCCCGUUCUUGAUCAGCUGGACUCUGAUGCACUUCCGGAUGGCUGAGUUGGGCUGCUUAGCUUCCAAACUAACACUUUUUCCAGCACAAUUCCCUUUGCGUGACUAGCUCCUCCGAAAGGGUUGGCCUUCAGAGCGGUGCCGAGAUGAGCCUUCUUGUAGCUCUUGUCGUGCCAGCGCUGGUCUCUUCUGUGGACACGCAGCUUUCUGGCCGUCCGCAGCCCUCGAGGCUUUCCCAUGUUGAAGUUUCCACUCUCUUUGCCAAAGGGACAAAACGCUGCGCAUGC